CUCUGUUGCAGAGGCUAGACGCCGUCUGCUUUGUUGGGACCAUCGAUGCUGCGACUUUCGGCGAGCCAGCUGCGAAUUAUAGGAGAUGAGGGGCAAAGUUAACAGUAUUUUCUGAUUAUUAGACAGCGUUAGCGUGUAUUGAGCUCACAGACAGCGCUUGUGUCGCCCUGUGGACGCUUCAGACGACAGAAGCGAGGAGCCCUUGUAUAUAAACAAAACGCAGCGAGCUGCUUUUUAAGGUGGCACGUCAGAGACAGCUGCGAACAACAACACUCGUCUGUUCCUCGUCUGUUAAGUGAGCUAACUUCGUGUUGGUCGAGUUGCCAGCGAUGGAAAUCACCAUACAGCUUUGUUAGGAGUUAAACUCCAAGACUUGUGCGUGCGAACAUGAGAGAAGAGGACAGUUUGUUGUCAGGAAGGCAGCUCAUGGCAAGUGGAAGAGGGGGUGAACAUCCCUGCUGCUGCCCCUACUUGACAGAGGAGAAAGGAGCACUUGCAUGCAAUAAGGGUGACCUGAGGCCUCCUGGUCAGCUGUCCGCCUCUAAGUAGUACAAAAUCACACUUUGGCACAAUAUGGAGACGGUGGGGAAAUUUGAGUUCAGUCGGAAGGACCUGAUAGGACAUGGCGCAUUUGCUGUCGUCUUUAAAGGCAGACAUCGAGAGAAACAUGACUGGGAGGUGGCAGUGAAGUGCAUCAACAAGAAGAACUUGGCCAAAUCCCAGACAUUGUUGGGGAAAGAGAUCAAAAUACUCAAGGAGCUGAAGCAUGAGAACAUUGUUGCAUUACUGGACUUUCAGGAAACUGCCAGCUCAGUGUACCUGGUAAUGGAGUACUGCAACGGGGGCGACCUUGCUGACUACUUACACUCUAAAGGCACGCUGAGUGAGGACACUAUCCGGGUUUUCCUGCAGCAGAUUGCAGGGGCCAUGAGGGUCCUACAGGGUAAAGGCAUAAUCCACAGGGACCUCAAGCCCCAGAACAUUCUGCUCUCCUACCCACCAGGACGCAAGUCGCACUCCAACAACACCUGCAUCAAGAUCGCGGAUUUUGGCUUUGCCAGGUACCUUCAGAACAACAUGAUGGCAGCAACACUCUGUGGGUCCCCUAUGUACAUGGCUCCAGAGGUCAUUAUGUCCCAGAACUAUGAUGCCAAGGCAGACCUGUGGAGUAUAGGAACCAUAGUGUUUCAGUGUUUGACUGGGAAGGCUCCUUUUCAGGCUAGCAGUCCCCAGGACCUCCGGAUGUUCUAUGAAAAAAACAAGACUCUCAGCCCCAAUAUCCCCAGAGAGACUUCAAGCCAUUUGAGGCACCUGCUGCUGGGUCUGCUGCAGCGCAACCACAAGGACCGCAUGGACUUUGAUGAGUUUUUUUGUCAUCCUUUCCUGGAGGCGAGCUCAUCCAUGAAAAAGACAACUCCUACCGUGUCCAUGACCUGCUUCCCAAGCUCUGCAUCAGCCAGCUCUUGUAGCAGCUCCUCCACCUCUCACCUCGCCUCACCGCCGCAGUCUCUUGCUGAGGUUCAGCAUUUGCGUGCCAAACCUCUGGCCUCCCCUACCCAGGAGGCCACUGGUUUUCUCCUCAAGGACUCGUCUGGCGGGGGCGGCAGCAGCAAGAACUCCUCCUCCUGUGACACGGAUGACUUUGUCAUGGUGCCUGCUCACUUCACCACGGGUGAGCUGACAUGUGAGAGUAAAGUGCUGCCGGACAGCCUGAUGAACAGCGGCUCUCUUCUGGCUUCGGCUGGUCUGUGUAGCCAAGUUAAAACUCCUCCACACUCACCUUCCUGCAGCGGGUCUCCAAGUCCUGUCAGACCCACUGAGUUCUUGGGAAGUAACUAUGGUGGUAGCUAUGGAAACCAUGGUCAGUCAUUGCCUAUCCCAGUCCCCACCCAGGUCCAGAACUACCAACGCAUGGAGCAGCACCUCCACUCUACCAAACAGGAUGGCUCUCCACGGCUGUCGACACCAGUGCGUCGGUGCAGCAGUGGCAGCUCGCUGGGCUUUGCUCGGAUCGGACCCUCGCCACCGUACGGGCAGGGAGCGAUCACCACCAACCGCAGGCUUUCCCUGGGAGGCGCCAGACCUUUCCAGCUCUCCCCUCAAGCUCACCAGCACAUCGAACCCCGGCCCACUUCCCAUCAACACCCACAGACGGCAGGACUGGGCACACGGCUCCACAGUGCCCCCUGCCUGUUGGAGUGUGCCAGUGGUGGGGGCAGGCAGAAGAUCAGGAAGCAGCACUCAGACCCGGUGGCGGCUCCGUCUGCAGGCCUGAUGACCGUCCGCCCUCUACACUCGUCCCCCAGACUCAGUGAGCUGAUGCAGCGUAGCCCCCUGCCCACCAUCCUGGGCUCUCCUUCCAGGACCAUCCCUCCAUUUGAAUUCCCCAAGCCUCCCAGCUCUCCGAACCUCAUGACCUUCCUGACACAACAGGGUUUGGUCAUCGGCUCUCCUUGCAGCAGGACUGCCCCAGCGGAGCCCAGAGACGCAGGACAACAAGCGCUUACGCAUGUCGCCCAGCCUGUCCACUGCAUCCACAGAAUCAAUGAUGAUACCAAGGGCUUUGGAAGGUCUCAGAGUGCCGGCCGUCUGUCUGACGUGCUGCUGAUGGCUGCGUUUGGACCGGGUGGACCUGUGAGUGACCGAGGCAGCGCAGAGAACCUGACGUCUGAAAAAGCCAUAGAUAUAAAAGUGCCCCCCAGUGGUGGGGGGUGCCUUGCACCUGGCUCCAUCAGCCCAGCCCAGGUGGUUUUCACUGUGGGCUCUCCUCCCAGUGGCAGCACCCCACCUCAGGUCUCCAGACAGAGGAAAUACUCAGGCUCGUUCACUUCAGUCAGCCCUGCAGGCUCCUUCACAGGCCGCUACCCUCAGACAGGCACCUAUCUGGAUGGCUUUGAGGCUCCUUCCAGUCCUCGGUACAGUUUCACUGAUCCUAUCACAGCCAACAUGGGCGGUCCUGUAACCUUUGAAGCUCCUGAGCUGCCUGAGGAGACGCUGAUGGAGCAGGAGCAUACAGACACAGUGCAGAGCCUGCGUUUCACGCUGGAUUUCGCCCGCUGUCUGAUGGAGGUGGCUGGGUCCCGUGGGGUGGUGGCACUGGGGGAGCAGGUGGAAGUUUGUCAUCCCUCCCUCCUUCAGCAGCAGAGCCUGGUAGCAGAUCAGAUAAGCUCGCUGAGCCGAGAGUGGAGUCAUGCAGAACAGCUGGUGCUCUACCUUAAGACUGCAGAGCUCUUGUCCACUGCCUUACACACAGCCAUGGAGCGAGUUAAACAGGGCAAACUCUACCCGUCCUCUACGGUCAAACAAAUAGUGAGGAGGCUGAACGAGCUGUACAAGUCCAGCGUGGCAUCCUGCCGCUCACUCAGCACCCGUCUGGAGCGCUUCUUUUCCAGGAAACACCGUCUAAUGGACCAAAUCACCUCCAUCACAGCUGAGCGGCUGCUGUUCAGCCACACAGUGCAGAUGGUUCAGACUGCUGCACUGGAUGAGAUGUUCCACCAGGGGGAAGCAUCAGUCCUGCGUUAUCACAAAGCUCUCCUGCUGAUGGAGGGCCUGUCUCAGCUGCUCACUGAACAGGACGACAUCCUCAGUGUUAGCAAAUGUAAGGAGUGCAUUGAACGGCGCCUCACAGCCUUGCAGUCAGGACUCUGUGUUUGAGUCAUACACUGCUUCCUGGAGUGUGCGUAUGAUGUCAGCCACUUGCACCCUGCACAUUACCAAUGAACCAAAUCUCCACCCACAUCUCAUGGUUUUCACUUAGAAAUACUUUCGUGUUCACAAGAAAACCACAAGGCUUUAGAUUUCACUGAACCUUCAGGGCUUGUGCUCUCUAACUGGCUCGCCAUACAUCAAAGUGUGGACAGUGGCUGUGACUUCCCCGACACUCAACUUGUGCUGGUGUUGGACAUGAAGCACUUGUCCUGUGAAAGAAUAUCUGCGCUCUCGUCGAUGUGAGAGGACUUUGCUGCUGGCACUGAAAGUGGUAUUUUAUGCCAAGAAGAAGAUUUCCCUCACUAGGUGUAACACCUGCUGGAGCAAUUAUUGCCAAGUAGUCACUUACCCACACCCACACUCUAAACAUAAACAGAUAGCAUUUUCAGAUGGACAGAUAUUCGCGCUACGAAUUUGCAAUAGUUAAAUUUUUGGACAAAAUGUCAUCUUUUACCAAGAACAGUAGCUGGAGGGAAAGUACAGUAUCGGCUGUACUCCUGUAACAUUAAGGACGUGUGCUGAUGAAGAACGGGAAUGGCCAAGUAUCAUUCUCAUCACAUGUAUGUUUGUCUUAUACCCCUUGUUUGCUUUCUUUUCUAGUAUUUAUCUAGUUGUUGCUUGCUUUGCUGAAGGGAAGUUUAAAUAGCAAUGCUAGCAUUGGUGGUUGGACGCAUACAAGCUCUAUUACAAAACUGUUGCCAAAAUGACUUAAAUAUGUAGUUUGGUUUUGUGUUAAGUUUGUUUGUUUUUUUAGAAUCCCUGUAGGUAACUAUGUUGUUUCGGGGGGAAAAACCCUUGUGUUUGACACUUUACUGAUUCUUACGUUCUUAAUGUCAAAGACCACGAUCCAUCAUUGACACAAAGAUGUACAAGGGGAUGGAUGGAUCCAGAAAACACCCCCACUGCUUGAUUAGCUUUUAAUUCAACAGGGACUGAACCUGGUCUGUUAGCAUCCCUGAUCACAAUCACAUUAAAGAUGCUGCAAUAACCUGGGAUGCAUUCUUCAGGUACACAGAAGCUUUGGUGCUGCUGUUGCUGUUAAUGUCUUCACACGAUUCCAUAUUCUGUCUGAUCACAUGUUGUCAAUCAAUUGUGUCGGAGUAUAAUCAAAUUUGAAUGUAGGGCUGACAGGAGAGAAAGAGCGUUAACAUAAACCCAAUUUUUUAUUUAAAUUUAGGUUAAUCCCGGGGUUAACGUCUGAAUAUUUUUGCACUGUUGAAGUACUGUAGAGGACGAUCUUGAGCGGAACAUGCUAAACGUGUCUGUUUUUUGUAGAUACCUUAACAGAUUAGCUUAUUUUGAGAUUUCUAUUGCAUACUUUUAUUGCAGUUUUAGUUGUAUUAUAGUUACUGUCAAAAGGUGAUGUGUGUUAGAUGUGAGAAUGCUGACAAAGAGAUGGUACAAGCUAUGAAACCUUAGAAAAUGUCUUUAAGAAGAAAAAGGAAAAGAAAAAUUGCUUUACACUGAAAAUUGAUUUGCAUUUGUUUUGUGUUCUAUUCCAGAGUAGUCGGUGGGCGAUUGUGUUUGAUUUUGAAUUGUUGAUUUGGAGUGCUAGUUGAAAAUGUGUAGUUUACCUAAAAUAUUUGUGUAUUGUUGACCGUAGCCAUAUAUCCCUAACAGGAUAUUUACUUUACUCCCCUAAAUUGUGGGCCAAUGGGAAGGGUUAACUUCUACUUUGGUUUCUGUCAAAGAGAAGUUUGUGUGCAUGUAUGCAUGCAUGUGAAGUGAUGUUUGAUGUAUUAUUGGACAGUGGGAUUUGUUGUGUACAGAACUAAUGACAGCUCUGUAACAAGAUGUGAAUGAUUUGCAGUUGACUGCGGUUGUAACUCAACAACAUCCACUGAAAAUCAAGAGUUCCUCUGGUGACCCAGUAUGACUUUCUUUUCCCGAAGGUGUGUUUACACCACCUUUUUAAGUUAAUUAAGAUGGUGACUAAGUGCAUAUUUUAAAAAUAAGGUGUUGAAGAUAGUUUACGGUGAGUUAUUUUGAAGCCAGUUUAGUAGCGCUGUCAGCCGAACAGAAUUGAGGAGGUUUUUCUCAGUGAAGAUUUCUCUAAAUAUACAUUAUGUGUAUUUGCUUUGUGGCCUUUUGUCUUUUGUCAGAUAACUUUUUCGUAAAUCUCCGUUGGUCUACCGAAAGCUCUCUAAGUGUGUGUAAUGUCUGAGUAUACAUUCCUAAUACCAACUCCUCCACAGCCUCUCUGUCUCUUACACAUGCUGUCCUGUUCAGUUGUGUUGAUGUCUCAGAAGAUACAGAUCGCAGAAAGGGAUGACAUCAUAUCUUGAUAAAACUAAUGCAUGUGUCACUUUUUAUUGUUCCCUGCAAUCAUUGCUGUCGGCCAUUCUAAUGAGGAUUAUCUAGGUUAGGAGUCUAAAGAUAAUUUGUGCAACUGUUGAAAUAACUGAAGAGUACGAGUAAGGGUGGAGUAAGUGCGGAGACAGUGUCCUGUUACAAGCAUGUAUCCAUUCUGCUGAAGUGUCCUUGAGCAAAAUACUGAUUCCCAACCAGCUUCAGAGCUGAUGUUCAAAGUGUCACAUAAAAAUGAAGUGUAUUGUCUGCACUCCCACAAUAGAUCUGUCUUUGAUUUGGAGUAUUCUUUUUGUAUGUUUGCUAAGAAAAUACCUGAAUGUUUUCAUUUUGUGUUUUCACUUUACUCAUUCUGUAUUACAUGUAAAUAUUGUAAAUUAAGU